AAAACCACUCGAUGGACUGUCAUGUCCUCUACCUUUUGUCCUUUGCUUCCCCUCCGCUCGUAAAUUUGGCUCUCUGUACAUUUUUUGUAACACUGUCCCUACCGCCCCUCUGAUCUGUUUGGCUCUCCACCAACGGUGGUGGUGGUGGAGGAAUUCUCAUUGGUGGCUUUCCCAGAUGCGUAUUUUAGAAAGAGAAAAGUUGUUAAGAUGUCAGGGUUGUUUUGUUGUUUUUUGCUUUUGAUGGCGUGUGAAAUGGGUAUAUCUAUGGAUGUAAUAGCGAAACCCUAUUUCGCUUUCUCCUUGCCAGUUUCUGCUGGUGUCGAUGAUGGAAAUACAUGAGAGUUGAGAGGAGUUUAAUUUUACAAGAAUAUGGAAGGAAGGAUGCAGAGAAGGUGUAUGAUGAAAUGUCUGACAAAGAAAGAAGGGAAAAUUUUUCUCAUGGGGUGGGCUAAAGUGGUUAUGUCUUUUAUGGGUUUAUUGAUUCCAUAAAUGGGUGGGUUUUAAGGUGAUGGAUUAGAUGAGUGAAGGGAAAUUGUUGGGUUUUGUUGAGAGAUUUUAUGAUGGAAUAUGGAAGGAGAGACCAGAAGGGUAAGAGAGUGACAGAAGAGAGUGAGCACACGCUGCAGCCAAAUGUAUGAAGAGCAUACCUCUGCGGGUGCGUGCUCACUUCUCUUUCUGUCAGCUUCCCCAGUAUUUUCCCUUCUGAUCUCUUCUUCUCUCUCUUCUACUCUCACUACCCGCUGCUCGCUAAUCAAAGACCCUAAUCUAUACCAAUGCCCCUUUCAUUCUUUCUUCUCUCUGGUUCACAUUGUCAGGGGCCAGAUGUCCUCUUGCUCCGUUCCUCUCUAUAAUGGGUACCCCCUUCAUUUUUCAUCCUCUGAUGGACAAAUGGAACAACAACACUGGCGGAGUUGAAGCGGCCUCUCUAAACUUCCAAGCGGUGCCACUGUAUUGUACAAUUUUCGCCAUCACACUCUUAAUUUGUCAGUUUAUUCUUAUCUAUUGCAAUAUUAUUAUUUUAUUCUCUGUGGUUCUUGUGAUUUUUUCAUGGAAACUCUUUUGGUGUUGUUUCUUUUUUCUUGACAUUGAUUUCCAUGGAAACUUGAUAGCACGGCUUUUGAUGCUCCUCUCCUGCUUAUAUAUAUGUAAUUUUGAUGGUACAAAUCAAUUACUGUUCAUAUUUAACAGAAAAAUCCUUCGAAUAUCGUUGUUGUUUAGUGGAAAAACCCUGAUUACUGUUCCUAUCUAAAUCUCAAACUCCCCGCCAUCUUUUGGGGUUUCCUUUGAUAUUAAGCACACACACUGCCUUUAUUUUUAUUUAUUUGGUUCCUGAGAUUUGGGUUAUUCCUUAUCUGACCAAAUAUUUCUUCCAUUGCUGAGAAUAUUGGAAUCUGGGAUAUAUUUAUAUACGCAUUAUUUUCGUCGUUGAAGAGUUUUGCAGAUUUUGUUUUGGUUUUUACUUUCCUAAAACGAAAAAUUUCUUGCCGUCGUGGGCUACUACUUGGAGAAGGGUGUGAGACUGGACCGACUCGAGUGCUGAAUAUGGCAACAAUCUCUCGUUUUGGAUGCCUGAAGGUCCUGCCGUUUUCGAGUCCCAGAUAUGGAGCUUCCAAACCGGAAAAUUUCCCCAUUCAGCACUUGCUUGACGUUGGGAGGCAGCAGCCUGCUUAUUUUUCUCUUCACUUUAGAUUCGCUAUCAUAACCACCACCCCCACUGUCCGAUUGCGAGAACCACCAUGAAACAGAAGUGGCCAAAUACGAUUUCAGAAACCAGGGUGAAUGCAAUUGCAGAAGGUUCAGAUUCAAGCUGCAUCACUUGCCCAUUCCCUGCAAAUGGGUGCAGUAAGCAAGGAAGGAGUUUAACCUCAAAAUUCAAGGGUGUUGUGCCUCAACAGAACGGCCACUGGGGUGCUCAAAUUUACGCCAAUCAUCAGCGUAUUUGGCUUGGGACAUUCAAGUCAGAAAACGAGGCAGCCAUGGCUUAUGAUAGUGCAGCUAUCAGAAUCAGGAGUGGAGAUUGUCAUAGAAACUUUCCUUGGACCAAAGUCACAAUUGAAGAGCCAAACUUUCAGACACUUUACACUACAGAAGCUUUGCUUAAUAUGUUAAAGGACGGUUCUUACACAACCAAAUUUGCUGAGUAUUUGAGGGACCGUUCUGAAAGUGCACAAACAUCAGCCGGCCCCUCUGCAGCAAAUAUAAAUAACAAUGAAGGGACUAUUAAGCAACUUUUUCAAAAGGAGCUAACACCGAGCGAUGUGGGUAAGUUGAACAGAUUGGUCAUCCCAAAGAAAUAUGCUGUUAAAUACUUUCCUCACGUAUCAGCUAGCACAUUAGAAAACGUAGAAUGUGCCGAUGACGAUCGUGAUGUGCAGCUGAUGUUUUUUGACAAAACAAUGAGACAAUGGAAAUUUCGUUACUGUUACUGGAAAAGCAGCCAGAGCUAUGUGUUCACACGUGGUUGGAAUCGAUUUGUGAAGGAAAAACAACUGAAAGCUAAUGACACAAUAGCUUUCUACUUGUGUGAAGCAGCAAAGACAAAUGAUGCUAAAACUACAUUCUGUGUGGUAGAUGUUAAAAAUCGUAAUGGUGCCAGCUCGGUCGAGAAUGAAGCCGAAGAAUUGUUAUCGCCCAAGAACAAGGACGAUGGACUAAAAGGUGAUGCUGAAGUUGAGGGUUUCAAAUUGUUUGGAGUGCAUAUUAAGUGAAAGAAGUAAGUUUUGCUAUUCCUUCCUCCUUCCAUCAUUCCUUUUCCAUUUUAAGUAGUUUGGUAGUGAUUAAACCCUUACCUUAAAAAAAAUCAUUUAAGGUUAUACUUGGGAGAUUCUUUUUGGAACCAUGCUACAAUUAAUACGGUCAUAAACUUCUGACCGAUAGUGCUCUGUUGUAGUUUCCACCCUCGUGACUUUUUGAAUGCAACAACGGCGGGGUGAGAUUUGAACUUUCGACUUCAAGAAAAAUAGUAGAUAUCUUAACGAUUGACCACUCCUUUUGUUUUGUGUUACUUAAUGAGUUACUCUUUAUGAUCACUGCUUAAUCUUUGGUUUAUAUAAUUCUCUGUCUCUGUCUCUGUCUGUAGAGCCAUUUUAUGAAGCAGAAAUUCCAAAAACAGCGAGGCUUUUUUAAUGUUAUUGGUAGGUGAGCAAUAUAAUCAUGCAGAAAGGCUUAGAGACUUAGUGGAGUUUUGUUCAAUAAAGUAAUCUUAUCAUCAUGAUUGAUUUAAA